CAGCAAAUACGCAGCGAAAAGCAGCAGGAACAAAAACAAAAUAAAUAUAAUAUUCAUUGGCAAUUGAGCAUUAAAAGGGCAAGUUUUUUGAAAAAUACGGAUAUGGCAGCUGUUGCGCGUAAGAAACAGGAUGACAAGUACCUGCAGGUUUUACGAGAGCUGGUAACAAGCGGUGGUGGAAAUAGGCAAUGUUUCGAUUGUGGUCAAAAGGGACCCACUUAUGUCAACAUGACAAUUGGAUCGUUCGUUUGUACAAGAUGUUCAGGAGUUCUUCGCGGUCUCACACCACCACAUCGAGUAAAAUCCAUUUCUAUGGCAACAUUCACACAAGACGAUGUUGACUUCCUGAAAAACCACGGAAACGAUGAAUGCGCCAAAACCUGGCUCGGUCUGUGGGAUCCAAAACGAGUUGUGCAUCAAGAUCAACGUGAACUGAUGAUUGACAAAUAUGAGCGCAAACGUUAUUACCUGGAGCCAGCUAGUCCGCUCAAAUCUCUGACGAAUGCAGUCUCACUCAAAAGUGGUUCAGUGGCGGCGACGGCAGCAGGUAUAGGUGGCGUGGAAUUGGCGACUACAUCUGGCACGAGGUCGAGCAACACACCAACUUCAAAUGGCAACAACACUUACAAGAGUAACGGUGAUGGCCAAAUUGAUUUGGUGCAUGUACCCAAUGGAUUUGGUCAAAAUGGUCACAAUGCCAAACAACAACAAUUCCGUCAUCAAAACGCUGCGAAUGCUGAGCGAAGCUUCAAACUAACACCGCCCAGUACACAGCGUACGACAAUGAAUGGCUUACAUAAGGCCGUCACUGGGGCAACAGCAUCGGCACCAAGUAGCUCAGGAAAAUCAACGUCCGUAAUAAAUCGCCCACAUCAGCAACAAAACGGCUAUAGCCAUUUGCAAGAUGCGUUUAUGCAAAAAUGCAAUAAUAUGAAUAACAACAACAACAACAACAAUAACAACAGUCAUGAGCUCAGUGUCUUGCAUAUAAGAAAUAGCCGCAUGUCGGACAGUAGCAGCUCGACGAGUGUGAACGGGUUUGGUGCGGACGCCGAUUUUGUUGCAGAUUUUGGUUCUGCGAAUAUUUUCGAUGCGACAACAACAUCGAACCGUAGCAAUAUAAGUUCGCCUCCAAUAUUGAAUGGCAACAGCAAUGCGAUAUCCAGUAAUGGUUAUGCUAGAAUACAGCCAUUGAAGAAGCAACAUCAACAGCAACAACAGCAACAACAAUAUCAACUGUUAAACGGUCAUGGACAAUCGAAUGGCAAUGGCUCGCAUAGCGAGGUGAUCGCCAAUGGCUCUACGGAGAAUUUUGCCGAUUUCGAGCAUGCACCCAUAUUCAAUGCGGCUGGUCUACCGAUACCCAAUAACAAUAAUACACGAACAAUAAACAAUCAGCAUAACAAUAGCCACAACAACAACAAUGCACUAAGCUCAACACCCAGCGAGGAUCGAUAUGCAGCACUCAAGGAUCUAGACGAGCAAUUGCGUGAGAGUAAAGCAGCGGCGGCCACAGUUGUUAAUAGUGCGUAUACUGUGAUGGACGCUUUCGGCAAUACUGUCCUAAGCAAUGGCGUAAAUCCUUUCAAGCAUCAACAGGCAAAUCCCUUCCAAGCUGCCACACACGGUACAUCGCCCACAGCCACACAAAACUAUUUUGGUCAAAUGACAGUGAUAUCUAACGGUAAUGGCCAACCGUCACAGCAAGCCACAAAUGCCGCACAACAGUUUUACAAUAAUUACAGCAACGGUUUUGGUAAUGCGGCAACAACAACAACAACGAACACUGCACCUGCUAUGUUUCCACACACUGCAAUGUCAGCUGGACCCAGCGGCUGUGGCUUCGGUCUGGGUGCACUGCAGCCGACGGUAAUUACAGCAACUGGCGCCGGCGGUGGCACAGCAUUCAAUAAUCCCUUUGGUGCAAGCGGCGGCAUGAAUACCAAUAAUCCCUUCUUAUGAGAUAUUUGCGGCAGCCGUUAUGAGUCGGAGCUGAAGCGCAACUAUAAGACGCAUCCUUACUAAACGUAUAUAUAUAUAUAUGUAUAUGUAUGUAUAUAUGUAUAAAGAAAAAUUUCAUAUAUGUAAAUAUAUAAAAAAGAAUCGGAGGAUUUAUGGGCGCAGUGUAUCUGGUCUGUGCAAAUUUAUUAAUUAAAAAGAAGAUUUCCGGAUAUUAUGACAAUUAAAAAAUAGUGAAUGAAUCUUGAUAAUGUUCAUUAAACCAAAUUAAUUGUUUCUAAUUGAAUUUAAUUGUAUAUGUGUAUAUAUAAAAUGUCUAUAUAUACAUAUACUAUAUAUUUACGAAAAAAAAUGCAUAACGACAAUUUCUAUGACAACCAACCAAAAUGAACUAGAAAUAAUUUGCCUGAAUUGCUCAACAUAGAUUUUCAGAGAAGCCAACAAAAACAAGAAGAACUUAAGCAAGCAGAAAUGUUGAAAUAUUACAAGUAUAUAUAUUAAACUGGAGUUAGCAGUAUAUAGUCCAUUUUAUGCAAAAUCAAAGAUUUAGUAGAUUUAAAGCUCUUUUACAUUUACAUUUACAUUUGCUUAUGUAUGAAUAAACUACUAACUUAAUAAGCAAAAAUUCAUCUAUACAUACAUACAUACUUAUAAUAAUUAAUGUGAGAACAGACAUACGGCGGCUACCUAGCAAAGCGUUGAAGUCCAAGCAUUUGUUUCCCUUUAGUUUUGAAUAGAUAAAUUUCGAAAUAAACAAAAAUUUCUUGCUGGCUAGCAAAAGAACAAAUACACUUUAUUAAUGACAUACAUAUGUAUGUUUGUAUGUAUGAGAAUGGAACUGCUCUUGUAGCUGAAUAGAACAAAAUGAAACAUGAAAUGCUUUAAUUAUUAAAUUUACCAAAAUAAACUACAUAAUAAACUAAAUAAAGGUUUAACAAUAACCAAGAAGCGUAUAUAUUUCAACUAUGGAAAAUUGAACGAAAAUCAAAAAAAAAAAAUAAAAACAAAUAUUUAAUAAUAAAUAAAUUUAAACAUUAAUUAAAUAAAUAUUAUAUAAAUCAAAUAUUUUGAUUAUUGUCAAAAUUAGCCAACUAGAUAGCCACAGCAUGUGCAUAGCAAGUAUUGCAGAAAUCUCAUGAAAUGAAGAGGGGCGAGGCGGUUUCAUAAGUGUAUAUUAAAAAAUGGUGUCAAACUUACAUGCAUAUUUAACACACUCGUACAUAUGUGUAUGUAUAAUAACGCUUUAUUAAAAAACGAUUAUUUUAAGCAUAGUUAGCUUUGUUGCAUACAAAGUAUUUAUGUAUGUGGCUUUGUAUAAUUUGACAAAUUGUUGAUAACGAAAAUAUAAUAAAUAAUUUGAAAAGAGAGUUUAUCGAAAUUUAUUGAAGUUAACUAUUGUGUAAAAUUAGUUUUAAAACA